CGUUUUAGCCAGUUGAGUUGUGUCACGGGCAGCGAUAUAACGUUUUCACGGUGACCCCUGUCUGGAGGUUUUGUCGUCGAUGUAUGGAUGUCCGCUCACGUGUUAACUGCAUUGUUUUGUUUUUGUUCCGUUUGCAAUAAAGGCGAGAUUUGCAUGGAUUUGUGACGUAGAGUUGGACGCUUUGUGGGAAAACUGUAACAAUUGUGGUUCUGUUACAUGGAUGAUAACUAGAGGUUCUCGGUUGAACAGACGACGCACAUAGCUGUACUGGAUUCACCUAAUUCUAAGGACUAAGGACUUUAAACAUUAAGGAAGUCUCCAAUGGAAUCCAGGUGACUUAUGCUGAGAAAAUAUUGUUCUGAUCUCAACAAGAGACCUCAACCUUUGCCUCCAGAGUAUAAUGGCAGAAGAAAAAAAGAAAGAUUCAAGUGCACUGUUGGCUAAAAAGAAAAAAGUGAAACCAAGAAAAUCCAGAGACGCUGACUGCUGCAGUGUCAACUUCCUCAAAUGUGUUCUACAUAUAUUCAAUGUUAUAUUUUUGUUUGCAGGUGCAGGAGUGCUAUUAGUAGGCGCUGGCACGGUGGCGUCUCGGCACAGGUUCGUGCCGCUGCUGCCCACGCCGACGUACGCCGCCAUAGCGUACCUGCUCAUCGUAGCGGGCGCGCUCGGCCUGCCGCUCAGCGCACUCGGCUGCUGCGGCCUUAAGACUGAGAAUAGAACCAGUUUACUGUGUUACACAUACUUCCUGUUGAUCACGUUCCUCCUGGAGGCUGGUGCGGGCGCUCUCGCGUACUACUACGAGGUGGCGGUGGAGGACGAGCUGCGCGCCGAGCUCAACUCCACCUUCAUAUCCAACUACGCACUCGACCAAGUCAUCACCGACGCCGUCGACACCAUGCAGACAGAGUUCAAGUGCUGCGGCGCGACGCGCUACUCGGACUGGCGCAAGAGCGCGUGGCACGAGCACGACCCGCGCCUGCUGGUGCCCGACUCCUGCUGCAAGACCGUCAGCGCGCGCUGCGGGGCGAGAGAUCAUCCCUCCAAUAUUUACUAUCAUGGUUGCAUACGACAGUUCACGAACCACAUCCGAGACAACCUGAUCAUACUCGCGGCGGUUGGCGUUGGCAUGUCUGUCAUACCGAUAUUCGGCUUCUUCUUUUCUUGCGUCUUGUACGUGAAGAUUAAACACGUGAUCGACUGACCCCGGCCUAAGCCUGCACCCCAGAACAAGUGCAAGGUAUUCGAUAAACAAGCCUCCUCUACCAAUAAACCGAUAUGUAGGAACCCCCACAGAAACCAGAGGACCGCCAAAAGGCCUCAAAGCAAACGCAGCGUCAAAAGACCUCCUUGCCCCUUACACUCCAAUCCUGACAAGGAAGAAAAGGUCCCCAUAUCUACCAUCAGCGAUAAUGUCAGCAUAUAAACUAAAAGCUAACAGAAAUGAUUUCGUUAACAACCAUCAAAUCUAAUUAUAGUUACUUUAUGAGAUAACAAGUUUUUAUUUGCGGUAAAGAGCACAGAAACACUUAUAAAAGAUAGUAAAUUUUAAAAAUGUUUUCUUUCUUUUGUAUUUCUGACUUAAUAGGGUAGUAACAAAACGUAGGUACUCAAUUAAAUACAGGAGAUUAUAUUUAGCUCUUUUUACACCCCGUCCAAGCUAAUUUUAAAUUAAUCGUCUUAAUUAUUUUCCUAAACGUGAUUUUAGCCUCAGCAUCUUAUAUAUUGAGUAAAAGUGUUAAGAUUUGUAUAAUAAAGCAUUAUGGGGAACUUCUGUAAGAUUCUUUUAGUAAAUAACUAAACUGUUAAAAAUGGAUGUUGUAGGCACAAUUUAAUGACCAAAUCAAUUCCAAAUGUAACCAAAAUAAAACAGAGUUCGCUCCUUGAUAGAGAUACUUAGAAAUUGUCCCUUCCUAGUUCAGAAUAACCGGAGAAGGAUUACUGCACAAGAGAUGUUGUCCGAUUGCUCCGACAAUAGUCGAGCGUCGUCAUACCUUUCUCAAACUGCCUUCAUCCUACACGGCCUCUCCUGAUAGGAGGACGUCCUUGUAGUUCCCUCGUUUAUCUUUUCCUGUAAUAGAUAAAUGCUAAUCAAGCAUCGGCAAUGAUAGCCCCAAGGCAUAAAUUCGUUUAACAUAACUUGCACAACUCCUGAUUCAUAGUCGUGACAGGCAACCCCCAGAGUUCCGUUAAUUUAUUAAUAAAAAAUAUAAAAAAAUUACACCUGUUCACAAAUAAAAGUUGUGACGUUGUUAAAAAUAUAUAUUUUAUUUAAUUUACACAAUUCCUGUAGUUGCAGGGUUCUCACAAAAUAUACCAUAUUUGUGCAAGGAGACCUUUUGACGUUAGAUAAAUAAUAAUAAAAUUAACAAAAAUCUUACCUACAAAAUUAAAUCAUUUUACAUAGACAUUACGUUUUAUUCGAUGAUUCUACGUGAAGAUCUGAAGAUAUCAUAAAUAUAUAGUAUAUAAUAUAUAGCUAGAUUAUAUAAACGGUGUUCGUGUGUUCAUCAGUGUUGCACUGUCAUAGAAUUUAAUGAUUGUUCGUAUCUCAUAGACGUAGCGUUAGAUAACAUGACCGAAUUUAUAUAUAAAUUAAUAUAAUUCCAUGUGCAAUGUUUUUAAUGUUAUUUUAAAUUAAGUAUAAAUUAUGUACGUGAUAUAAAUUAAAAUUCAUAAUUUGUAAUAGAACAUAGGCCGAGUAUCUUGCCUGCUCUCUAUUAUCAGUAAAGUAUAUCACUUUACUGAAUUUUCACAUUUACAACAUUUCUAAGCCUCUUUAAGAAAAAUUUAAUAAUUAUUUAUAUUUUAAUUUACAUGAAAAUUCCGAGCUCGUUUAACUGUGUAUUGACAGGGCAACGGUGGCGCCCUCGUUCAGCGGACGCCCGCGACUUCGUCCGCGUUAAAUUCAGUAUUUCCCAAAUACCACGGGAACCAUGGAUUUUUCAGGGAUGAAAGUAGCGUAUGUGUUCAUCCAGAGUGAAAUCUAUUUCUAUUUAAAAUUUCAGCCAAAUCGCUUCAGUAACAAACAUAGACAUACAAACUUUCGCCUUUAUAAUAUUAGUGUAAUUUCCAUUCACAUUAGAGUAAAAUUUACCCUCCUUACUAUAAACAUCCAUACAGGAACAUCAUAUUUUCUAUAGUUUAAUUUAUGUCACGUACUACAUAAAAUUACAAAGGUGCUAUAUUUGUUAUCGAUUCUUAAGCCGGUAUGUCUUCUGGACAUGAAGAUUAUAAUGUUACAUCGAAUAUAAAUUAAAUUAUUAAACUAUGUAUUUAAUCUUACUAUAAAAUCGUCAUAAUACAAAAAAAAAUUGUGUUCUCUUGUUUGGGUUUGCUUUUUUCAAAAUCGAACUAAACCACUAAAACAAAUCUUUUCCCAAAAAUAUAAUCAUAUCUUUUCCGAAAAAAAGAUAUCUUUUCCGAAGAAAAGAUAAAAUUAUAUUUUUAGACAGAAAAUUAUAUAUUUUUUUUGAAAAAUAAAUGAAAUUUAACAAAAUAAUGUCAUUCUAUUAUUUAUCGACAAGCACUGUGUUAUGCGUCGGAGCCAUAUAUGAUUUCAGAUUAGUUUAAAAGAGGCAGACUUGAUUCAGCAUAUUCCACUAACGGGCUCCUACACGGAUGCGAUAUUAAUUAUUCUACAUUUCAAAAAUCUUAUAGUCGAAUUUGAAACAUCACGAUUUUACAUCACAUUAUUAGAAAAAAUAAAAAAAAAAUGUUUAGACACUACAAUAUAUCUAUUUUAUUUAAUUGUAUUCUAUCUUUAUGUAAAAAAUUAGUUUUAAUAACUUCCACAGUUUUUAUCAACCUACAGUUAAUUUUUAUAGUUUUAACAGAAUUAUUUAUUUUACGCAUACUUAAAUAUGCGAGUAGGUAUAUAACUAUAUGGGCACGAAAUAUUUUUAAAAUACGAGUAAAUAGGUACUAGCAGUGGCGUAUCUACCCAGGGGCUAGGCGGUGCAGUGCCCAGAGCUCUCAAGCUCAGGGGGCGCUCGAAUCCUUUCCAAAAAUCUCGAUCGAACCUUCGAAAAUUACUUCCAUUUUCAAAAAAAAAUAUGACAUUUGCAACCCGACUUUAAUCAUACCAACUAAAAUAAACUCUUUAAUCUUUUCUAUUUCGUUUUAUACCAUACCUACACCAAAUAUUGAUCGUAAUAGGGAUGAUGACAGUUUUUUAAAUUGUAUAUAAAUUAAGAGUACGCUAAUAAUAAAGCAAUUUUGUAAAAGUAACAGGGUAUCUGCGAUCAUUACUUUCGGAGCUAUAGGGAUUUAAAGGGUCAGAUUUGCGGCGCUGCCGCGGAUCCCUGAAAAACGCCCCAUACAAAAUGGCUCGAAAAAAUGACGUCAUAGGCAACGUAAUGAUCGUUAGAUUUGUAUGGGCGUUUAAACAAAAUUACUAAUAUCUUUGUUAUUUGUGCGUUUAUCUUUAUAGUUCAUAUAUUAAAAAAUGUCACAUUUAAUGUAAGGAAGCUAAAACUGUAUGAAUUUUCAUCUAAUUACGAUAAAAUAUUUUUAGUAGAUUUUGAAAUUUUAUAAUCUUAUUUAUUUUGCAAAUAUCCAGUCAAUCUUUGCUUUUUAUGUAUAAAUUAGUUAACAUUGACCUUAUUUACCCGAAUGUAUCAUAAAAAUCAAUAUAUUCAAACCUAGUCAUCAUCCCCAUUGAUGUCAUUACUGUUUAAUAUUUUUAUUACCUACCCUCACACACAAAAAGAGCUCAUGAUUAAAAGCUUAUCAUUUUUAAAGUAGGUAUAUUUAAAACUUUUACUUUGUAAAUUCUUACCAGUUUAAAUGGAAGUAACGCCCCAUUUUUUUAAUUGCACCAGAACCCUUGGUUACCUAGCUACGCCACUGUACUAUUUACAGGAUCUGUUGAAAUGUCCAUCGACCAUGUUAUAAUUUAUGAAGAAUCUCUUUUUUUUAUAUUUGAACUAAUGAUAGUAAAUUGUUUUUUUAUUAUUAUUUUCCCUCAAUUAUAAAAACGUUAUUGCAAAUAAGUAGGUACAUUAAUAAGUCAAAAAUAACUACUAACUUUACCAAAGCUAAAUGUGCCUUACUAAUCGUAAUUAUAGCAUUACAUUAAUUAUUAUUUAUUAUAAGUAUAGACAAUUAAAUUAUUAUUUUAUUUAAUUAAUUAAUUAUUAUAUAUAGAUAAUGUAAGUGUAAAAUUACUUAACAAGUCAUGAGAAUGUAUUUAUGUUACAUAGUUAGAUACGUGUUUAUCUAAUCAAAAGUAUAAAAUUAUUUGUUAUAGUUAAUGUCAUCAAACUCUAGAGCUAUCCUUUUCCCAUAGCACUCUGUAGAAAAGGACAAAUUCGUAAUUUUGAUUUAUAUUAAAUUCAAUUUAAUUUAGCUCUGCAAGAUUAUUAAUUGUAUCUACUAUUAAAUUAAAUGUCAAAUUGACCCCACUGUUGUUAUUAAUUUAAAUUUAUCUUGGUGAUACUUGUGUAUGUAUAUCAUUAUAAGUAAUUGUAUAAAUAUAUAUUUUAUUAAUUA